AUGCAGGACGGAGAGUUCAGCGUUGAUCCAGACGGCGAAGGAUCCUUCCAAGUGCUAUGUGACAUGACGUCGGAUGGCGGUGGAUGGACUAUCAUUCAAAAAAGGUUUGAUGGCUCCGUUGAUUUUAACCGUUCUUGGACGGAUUACAAAGACGGUUUUGGGGAAUUCGAUAGCGAAUUUUGGCUCGGUCUGAACAAAAUUCAUCGUUUAACUUCAAACGAAACAAACACUUUGAAAAUUGAUUUGACGAGUUUUGCAACAGAGUACAAGCAUGCUUCUUAUUCAUCAUUUGGAGUUGGUGACGAAACAAGUAAUUUCAUCUUGAUCGCUAAAAAUUACGUUGGUGAGUAUACUUCUUGUUGGAAUUUAUUCCUCUCGGUAAAGUACUAAGUCCCCGUUUACCCUAUACGGGAUUACUUUUCAUACCGGAUUAAUUUUAACUCCUAGGGCCUAAGUAAAAAACAUUAUGCAUGCCGCUUCGCUCUGUUGUUAGUUCAUGUCUCGCUGUCGCCAUGGAAACAAGUAAUAUUUUUUGCCAGUAUACUAAAAUUUAUUAAAAACAAGAAGUAACACACGUUUUCUUUGUAAAGUAUAACUUUGUUUAAAAAGCUUGACUAGUAUUUCUUUAACUAUUAAAUUCUGCCCUAUCGAAAGCGAAAAGUCAAUGUUAUUAUCGUUUUCUUUAUUUGCCUUUGCCAGAAAUAGUCAAAAUGGUUGUACUAGGCGAAACAAGCGAUAGCUCUAAAAUAUUGUAAAAGCGAGCAAAUAAAGGCGACAAUGCCCGCAUUGACAAUAUGGUAGAUUGACCAAUAAAAACUCAGCUGAGGAAAACACGGACGAAAGAAAUGUAUUUCCUUGUCCGCAAACAUAUAUGUCAGUCAGUGAAAUGUAAUAAUGUUUCACUUGGGUGUAAACAAGUGAGUUUAAUUCAUGGCAAUGAGCAGUCACAGCAUUGUACGUGAAAAACGUGAAAGGCGUGUAGUCACGUAAGCCAGGUAGUCCUCUUGCAGGCGCUCAUUCCGUGCAAGCUAAUUAAUAAUUAUUGGACGAGGUUGAACGUGAUAAGGAAAAUGAUCAAGGUCGAGGUUGUGUUUUCUUCCGAAGCCGUAGAUUGAGGCAGAUAACACAAACCGAGGCCUUGAUAAUUUUCGAUCUCACGCGAAAACCGAAUUCAAUAAUUAUUUUAUUACGCUUAUUAAUUGGAGAAAAAACAAGAUUGUUUUAUUUAGUAAAAUUUUGUAGGUAAUUCUGGUGAUUCUCUUAAACUUCAUGACGGAAUGAUGUUUACAACACGGGACAAUGACAACGAUCGCAGUGGUUGGCGGAAUUGCGCUAAAGCUUUUACAGGUGGCUGGUGGUUUCAUGAUUGUCAUUCAUCUAAUCUGAACGGCAUCUACCACAACGGUCAUUAUUCAACAGCUGAGGGUGACAGAGACGGUGUCGUCUGGGAAGCGUGGAAGGGCCAACAAGAAUCAUUAAAAGAAACAGUGAUGAGAAUACGACCCAGUAAUUUCUAA